AUGUCUUUACCUUCCCCAUCAUAUAACGACGAUCCAAAGUCUUUUGCUCAUCCUACAGUUCACAAAAGAUGGCCUGCUAUCAUUACUUCAGGCAUUGAGGAUCUUGAAAAGCACGCUAAGCUGAACCCAGACGCUAAGGGCUGCACUGAAUUCGUGAUUGGUAACCUCCAGGCACUUUUGGAGGAUUUCAAGGCCGAUAAGCCUGUGAAGGCGUUUAGUGAUGAGGACAUUAAGCUUAAGCCGGAGCUUGAGGUGUACAAUCGUGGUUUGCAGAAGUUUAACGACGAGAAGUUGGUCACAUGGCUCACUGGACCAUGGUUAUACUUGGAGUGUUACUUGUACCAGUUGAUCAAUGUGUGGUUUCUUAACACCAAGAAGCUUCAGAAAUUUGAUAUUUUUGAGCUGGCCAAGGUUGACGCUUUCAAGCAGUCAGGGUUUGGUGUGAUUGAGCUUUGCCAGAGAGUCAAGUUGCUUUCUCAGCAAUUGAACGAGAAGGAGGCAGAAGAACAGGCAUUGGAGUUGCUUUUCACUGAGUUUAUUGAUAUUUCGCUCUGGGGUAACGCUACAGACUUGUCUUUGCUUGCUGGAAACGUCAGCUUGCAAGAUAUCAAGAGUCUUCAGGGCGCUGAGGUUCGUAAGAAGAACGAGGAGAAGAUCAUUGUUAACGAUACCCAGAAAGCCUGGAAGCACUAUUUAAGCAGCAGUCGUGAAAGAAUCGAUAUUGUUUUGGAUAACUCCGGUUUUGAGCUUUUCGCUGACCUUUGUUUGACCUUGUUCUUGCUUGAAGCCAAGUUGGUGAAGAAUGUUGUUCUUCACUGCAAGCAGAUUCCAUGGUUUGUCAGUGACACCAUGCCAAAGGAUUUCGAUCUUCUUCUUGCUCAGCUUGGAGAUGAACAGUUCUUUGACGACUUGCGCAGAGACGAUUCUGCUAAGGAAGCUGUUACCUUCCUUCUUGAAAAAUUGAAGUUCUACGCUGGCAAGAAGCAAAUCACGACCCAAGCACACGAGUUCUGGACCUCUUGUGAGAACUACUGGGUCAUUCCUCACCAGAAGGACCUCUACGAAGAACUCAAGAAGUCCAACCUUAUUAUCUUUAAGGGUGACUUGAACUACAGAAAGUUGACCGGAGAUUUGCAUUGGGACACUACUACCCCUUUCACUAAGGCCAUCCAAGACUUGGCCUCUUCUGGUCUCCCAAUUUUGCUGUUGCGUACAUGUAAGGCAGACGUUGUUGUCGGAUUGCCUGCUGGUUUGAACGAGAAGCUUAUUGAGGAGUACAAGAGCCAAGGUAACGAGAUUGGAGAGUUCUGGACCGCUUCAGGUAAAUGGGCCGUGAUCAGUUUCAAUCAGAGUUAA